CUCCGCGAUCCGCUCAGGGAUAAAUCGACCACAAAGUUUUCUUCGUAACAACGCGUCAAAUGUGGAUACUGGAGGUUGACGCAACUUCAAGUCUAAGUAUAUCGGAGCCGACUACACGAUAGACGAAAGCUUGGAAGACGACAACCAAGACGUAAAAUCCGGGAUUUCUGGUGCUACGGGCGACGGAAACGGUACUUCUGUGUCAAAACGUGGUCUCCAGCUAGCCAUAUGGACAGAAAAUGAUAUCAAAUAGGCAGCAAGAUACACUUUUACAGUCGAGCGAGUACGUACAUAGGCAUGGAAGGAUUGAAGAGGCCGUCCUCCGAUGACUUAUGUCUAUUUUGGGAUCUAGAUGUAUGCGGGGCUUCUUUCAGAGCUGAGCAAAUGUCCAGAUCGACUCGACCCGCCCCGGGAUAUACCAGACCUUCCCUCUUGUUCCCAAACCACCACCAUCAUCUCCUCCACCAAAUGUCGGACACUCCAGAGACAGCGCAUUAUUUCAUAUAUGUCACUCAGAUCUAUUUCUGUGCCAUGUAUGCAGUAGUUCUCUGGGACUGGUUGAUUAGCCUUCCUAGAGAAUGGCGCUUCGUGUGGAAGACUCACUGGACGCCUGUCAAGGUCGCUUAUCUAUUCUGCCGGUACGAGAUCCAGGUUACAGUUUUCUCGUCUUUUCAAUCCAUUCCGUUCGAUAGAUAUUGGGUCAUUAUCGUGGUCCCCUACCUUCUUUUCUGUUUCGUCGUCGACCACUCUCUUGAGACUUGCCGGAGGAUCUACAAGAUCCCCGUAGCACUAGCUAUGUGGAAUCAAGUAGGAUCAGAAUCGGUUCUCCUUAUUCGAACCUACGCCUUCUUCAACAGAAACGUAUACAUUCUAUGGAUGCUUAUAUGCGCGAUUGGGGGCGUCGUAGCCUAUCAGCUUUACGUCGACACUACUCAAAUGCUUCUUUUGCCCUUCACGACACCUCCAUACGACCGUGGCCCUUGUUUCCCUAUGUCCAAACCCCAUUCUGCCCAUCUCCUUGGUUUCUUUAUUGCCCCGCUCCUGUUUGACACGGUAGUGACAUUCAUGACGAUUGUAAAAGCCUUCAUGAUCCGUAGACGCAAUGGAGGGCCGAGCAGCAGACUUAUUCAAACCUUUAUUCGGGAAGGCGUCUUUUAUUACAUUCUGAUAUCCAUUGCCAAUUUGAUUAAUGGCAUAUUUUAUCUUCAGCCACGGCAGGUAAUUUCUGCCAUCAAUAUUCCUCUUAGUGUCAUGAUGGGUCCUGUGUUAGCGUGUCGCCUGAUUCUUGACCUGCGUGAGCGCGGUUCCGAGACGGUAUCACAUUCCGAAGGGACCGGAAUGGCGGCUUUCACCACCAAGUCAAUAACUCAAAACCAGACAUCUCCGUUCACACCUCCUCAUCGUUCGAAAGGUGGAUACGGCUUUGGUAGCAGCCGCCAUGCCCGCACGGUGGACUCAAAUAUCGUUCUCAGCACCCUUGGAAGUAUUCCACCAGAUAUGGACAUGAGCCUCGAACAAGACCUCGUCGAGAUGGCUGACAUCCGCUUGGGUUUGGGUUUGGAAUUAGGCAGCCUAAACACCGCUAUUGGAGGGGAUGAUGGCGAACCGAUACCUGAUGAUGGUCGAAACCGGAUGGAUGACGACGUUGAGAGCGGGGAUUUUAGCCUUGGUUCCAGAAGCCCUAUCCCAGCGUAUCGGACGCUGGAGAUGGGAUUUAGAUCGGCGCAGAGAGUCCCGAGUCUCUCGGAAAGCGGCAUUCGAGGGAUUCGGGUCGACGUGGAGAAGGCUACCGCUACUAUGUAGCCCGAAUCAUUCUUCUAAUCUUCUAUCUGUCAGGCUCUCGUCGCAAUUCGAAACACGUGACUCCUCUUCUUGUUUUCAUUUCCGCACUUACCAGCAUCUCCCUUUAUGUCGCCCUUUCUACACACAUAGCAUCAAUCGCAGGAAACAGACUAUCGGUCGAUCACAACAUAAACGUAAAGGAAAAGAUUCUCUC